CAUUUCUAUUCUUGAGCUUGAAAAAUCAAUCGGCAAGAAGAUGGAAUGACCAAAGUUCGCUCAGUUGGCCCCCCCAGAAAAUGCUGCCACAGCCAGGGGCAGCAAAUCAAUCAGCAACAUCAGCAGCAUCUGCAGCAUCUGGAACAGCGGCAACAUUGGCAACAGCAGCAGCAGCAGCAGCUAGGAAUGGCCAGCGACGUCGCGUGGCAGCAGCAACAGAAGGCUGCAACAGCAACAGCAACAUUGGCAAUAGCAACAUCAACAUCAACAGCAACAUCAGCAGCAGCAACAGCAACAGCAACAGAUUAAGUCAAAUGCAUUCCAACGAAGAGCCGCCCAUGACGGUGAUCGUCGAUGGCGGCAGCAACGUUUCCGUUUCCGGUGCGAGUGGCCAUCGGCGGGGUAGCCAGCGGUUGCGCAAGGCCAGUUCCUCCAGUGCCCAGGUGAAGUCAUCUACGAGUCCGGCGGAGAGGUCAUCGCAUCAUCGGCAGACAUCGAAUGCCUCGGGAUCGGGAGGCGAUGGUGGCAGCAGCAGGCGUCGCUACAAGGAUCGCCAGGAUCGCCAGGAUCGGCAGGCGCCACGUCGGCGGACAGGACGUCGGCACAGUGGAGCCUCCUCGCUGAGCGACGCAGCGGCAGCAGCAGCAGGGGGAGAUCGAGGAGGAGAACGAGCUAGAAGAUCGAGGGGCGGAGCGGUCAGCUCCUCGACCGCCUCCAGUUGCAACGGGAGCUGCAGCUCCGACGACGAUGGCUCCUCGCACACCUCCUCCUCCUCGUCGUCCAGCUCCUCCGGCGAACCGAAUCUGCCGUAUCCCGGCUUCCCCGAGAUCUCCAUGAAGGCCCUCACCCAGUACACGCGGCCACGCAACUGGUGCCUGAUGCUCAUCACCAAUCCGUGGUUCGAGCGCGUCUCCAUCCUGGUCAUCCUGCUCAACUGCAUCACCCUCGGAAUGUAUCAGCCCUGCGUGGACGACGCCUGUGUGACGAACCGGUGCAAGAUCCUUCAGAUCUUCGACGACAUAAUCUUCGCCUUCUUUGCCCUGGAGAUGACUAUCAAGAUGGUGGCCAUGGGCAUGUGCGGCAAGAACACCUACCUGGCGGACUCGUGGAAUCGCCUGGACUUCUUCAUCGUCCUCGCGGGCCUCCUGGAGUACGUGAUGCAUGUGGAGAACCUGAAUCUGACUGCCAUCCGGACGAUUCGUGUGCUGCGUCCCCUGCGAGCCAUCAAUCGAAUACCCAGCAUGCGAAUUCUGGUGAUGCUCCUGCUGGACACCCUGCCCAUGCUGGGCAACGUCCUGCUGCUCUGCUUCUUCGUGUUCUUCAUCUUCGGGAUCAUCGGUGUCCAGCUGUGGGAGGGAAUUCUGCGGCAACGCUGCAGUCUGAUGCAAACCGAAGGCAUGGUCUAUCCCCUCACGAUACCUGAAGUGUACAGAGUUCGAGUCCGUGUUAACUCCCUGUCGCAGUACUACGAGUUCUCCAAGGAUCAGGACUACAUCUGCUCCACGCCCAACGAUUCGGGGAUGCAUCUCUGUGGCAACUUUCCGCCCUAUCGCGUCGGUUCGCUGGUCUGUAAUGAGGAGGCGAAGCUGUUCGACUUCAACGAGCCGACGAACACGUCCUGCGUCAAUUGGAACCAGUACUAUACCACCUGCAAGCAGAGCGGCGAGAAUCCCUUUCAGGGCACGAUUUCGUUCGACAACAUCGGCAUGGCCUGGGUGGCCAUAUUCCUGGUCAUCUCGCUGGAGGGCUGGACGGACAUAAUGUAUUACGUGCAGGAUGCGCACAGCUUUUGGGAUUGGAUAUACUUUGUGCUGCUGAUUGUGAUCGGUUCGUUUUUCAUGAUCAACCUGUGCCUGGUCGUCAUCGCAACGCAGUUCUCGGAGACCAAGAAACGCGAAAUGGAGCGGAUGCGUCAGGAGAGGGCCAGGUACACCUCCACCUCGACCUUGGCCAGCAGCACAAAUAAUUCGGAGCCGGCCACCUGCUAUGCGGAGAUCGUCAAAUAUAUCGCCCAUCUGUGGCGACGCUUCAAGAGACGAAUGUUAAAGAAGUACAGAUUAUAUAAGUACCAGCGACAGCAGCGCAAGGAGGGCCUACUGCCCAAUGCCGACAAUCUGACCUUCUCGCCGUCGCGGAUCAAGUGCCAUCAUCCCAAGUGCCCCAAGUACAGUAAUCGCAAGCCGUCCAGCAUUCAGGAUCAGAUGAUUACCGUCAUGGUGCCGCUAAAUUCGGCAGCUGGCAAUAACAAUAACAACAACAACAGCACUAGCAGCAACCACAAUGGCAGUGGUGGUGGUGGUGGUGGUGGCAAUGCUGCAAGUUGCACCACAGUCGCACUGGUCAAUGGGAUAAACGGUAGUGCCGCCAGUGUGACCAUGUCCUCGGCCCACCACCAGCAACAUCAGUUGCUGCAACAGCAGCAGCAGCAACAGCAACAGCAGCAGCAACACUCAUCCUCCGACAACACAGAGCAAUCGCUGAACGCCGAGGGAAUUCCCCGAAGUUCCUCGCUGAAAAAGUCACUGAAACCCGAGGGCAGUGCCGCCGAGCAGAAGACCAUAUUGCUCAAGUUCCCGCAGCAGAUGAUCGAUUCCGAGCAGCUAAUUAGCCACCCGUGCACCUCGGGCUUCCUCAGUCCGCCCACCUCGGCCAGCCGACGACCUUCGGUGAUGUUCAACGAGUACGUCCUGCUGCACACGCCCCCCGCCCUCAACGCAGAUCCUGCGGCGACGGGCACCACCUCGACGGUCGCCACCACGGUGGCCACUGUGGCAGGAACGGUGGCAGCAGCUGCUGCAGCAGCCGGUGGCAACAGCAGUUCCGGCCUGAAUAACCACCAAAACGGUGGUGCCACCAGUGGCGGUGCAAGUGCAGCAAACGCCGGCGGAACGAACGAGAAGAGCAACAUCUUCUCCACGGAGAAGAUGACCCAGGCCGGCGAUGGAAGCAUCUGGCAGGUGAAUCUACCGCAGAACAUCGGCACCAUUGCCAAUCCCUAUGCCGAUUGCUCUGAACUGGGUAUACACGAUGCGAUGACUUGUCAAGAGCUCUUAGCAUUCUCUGUGGCCUUUUCAGCGGCCUUGCCGACCGGCCAGAGUACGCUAGAGUCCUUCUACACAUCGCUGGCCCGCUGCGAUCCUCACACCGCCGAGGCCUUGCGGGCGCACCACAAGCCGCGUGCGGUGCCACCAACUGGGCCAAAUUCAACGCCGCCGGGCGCCGAAGGAGGCACUGCAAUGGUGGCCUCAACGGCCGGUGAUCCCGCAUCCCAGACGCUCGAACCCUCGACCGUAUCGGCUGUGGUGGGACCUACAGACACUCAGGCGGGGAACCACCACCGCCGCAAGGAGCAGUCGCACCACCAGCCGUCUCACCACCAGCAGGCGCACCACCAUCACAACAAUAACAACACCACCAGUCACAGUCGAAACUAUCGAAGACAGGGCAACUCGCGAGUGCGAGAGCCUCGCACUCCAACUGGCAACUAUAUGGAGGACUAUGCCUGCUGCUAUGAUCUCUACCAGAACGCCCUGUCUCCGCUGGACGAAAGACCCAGGCAGAGAUCGCCGACGACUCGAUGUCUAAUUGCGGUAUAUCGCUGCAUGUCGCGUGGCUGCAGCUGGGUGCGUCGCUACAUUAGGCGAUUGGUGGAGCACAAGUACUUCCAGCAGGGCAUCCUGCUGGCCAUCCUGAUCAACACCCUGUCCAUGGGCAUCGAGUACCACAACCAGCCGCCGGAACUGACUGCCAUUGUGGAAACGAGCAAUGUGGUCUUCUCUGGGAUCUUUGCCGUUGAGAUGCUGCUAAAGGUUGUGGCCGAAGGACCAUUCCGCUAUAUUGCCAAUGGGUUCAAUGUCUUCGAUGGCAUCAUUGUGAUUCUCAGUGCCAUUGAGAUCUGUCAGACGUUCAUGGGCAACGGAACGGGGGGCGGUGGCUCUGGUUUGUCCGUCCUGCGGACCUUCCGGCUGCUCCGAAUCCUCAAGCUGGUCCGCUUUAUGCCCAACCUGCGACGCCAGCUGUUCGUGAUGCUGCGCACAAUGGACAAUGUGGCCGUAUUUUUCUCCCUGCUCGUCUUGUUCAUCUUCAUCUUCAGCAUACUCGGCAUGUAUCUGUUUGGCGGUAAGUUUUGUAAAUUUUUGGACGAAUCCGGACUCGAACGCGAGUGCACGUGUCCCGAAAUAAUCAGCCGGCAUCCGCAAUGCGAGUGCGAUCGCAAACACUUCAACAACAUUUUGUGGGCCACAGUCACAGUUUUCCAAAUACUCACCCAAGAGGAUUGGAACGUCGUGCUGUUCAACGGAAUGGAAAAGACAAGUCAUUGGGCCGCAUUGUACUUUGUGGCACUAAUGACGUUCGGCAAUUAUGUGCUAUUUAAUUUAUUGGUGGCCAUUUUGGUUGAGGGAUUCAGUUCAGAGCGAAAUGAACGUCGCGAGCGCGAACAGCGCGAGUUGGUUAAGAAACUGCGCGAGGAGACUUUGGCCGAGAACUACAGCGAUGGUAUGUACGAUGAGUCGCGGAGCGAGGCGGACUCCUCGACGACCAACGAUAGUUACUACGAGGUGCGCAACCGCUGGCGAUCGGCGGAGGAUGUGCGCAAGCUGCAGGACUCCGCGGAGCUGAUCAUCGAGGCCAAGAGCAACAUGCACCGGCAGCGCCUGCUGCAGCCGACCCACGACUACCAGAUCAACGAGCUGCCCCCUGCCUCCGCCUCCUCUGCCGCUCCCUCGGCCUCUGGCACCUCCGGCGAGGCACCUUCUCCUCGAGAUCGAGAGCCGGGCGGCGGCGGCGGCAGCAAGGAGGAGGGGCAGCAGCAGCAGCUGCAGCAGCAGCUGCAGCAGCAGCAUGCCAAGCCGCGCGGCGGCCUCAAAAAGACAUACUCGAUCAAGGAGCGGCGCGGCGGUGAGCGGGAAUCGCGGGAGUCGCGCCUCUCGAAGAUCCGGCUCGUCCGGGAUCCGCCCAUCAUCACGACCACGGCGGCCACGCCGCAGGACUCGCCUAGCACCACUCUGGAGCCGGGCAUGAGUUUCCGCCAGUGGGGCGACAUGGAGCCACCCAGUCCGCCGUCGCCGUCACUUUUGCGGCCGCCGAACAUAUUUACCGGCGGUCAGCGGAGUCUGGACGAGGGCAUACCCUCCAUCGAUCUCAUCCCGCCCUCGCCGGUGCUCUCCCACAAGCCCCUGAACAUCCUGAAUGCCAGCCAGCUGGGCGUGGGCGUGGGUGUGGGCGUGACCAGCACCGCUGGCAGUUCGGCCAGCAUGCACAGCGUGAUCAUCGACGACAUCUCGAAGAGCUCCAGCUCGACGGCGGCGGCUACGCCCAUUUAUGUGCCCACCAUCUCGUCCUCGGCGGAGGCGCAGAGCCAGAGUCAUAGUCUCAAUGAUGUGAGCGUGGGCACUGCCGAUAUGAUGGUCCCGGGAAUUGUGGGCAGGAGUACUGGAAACACGGGGGCCUCGACCAGUGGCAGUUCGUCCAGUGAGAGGCUGCCGUUGGCCCCGCCGCCACAGCAUCAGGGGAGUUUCAAGCACCGAUUGAGGCGCGGCAGCUCCAAGAGGCGGCGAUCCUCCGCUUUGGCUCUGGGCAACGAGGAUAAUGCGGCUCGAAGGACCCAGCAGCAGGAGGAAGAGGACGAGCAGCAGCAGCAGCAGCUGAACAAUGGCGGCGGCGGCGACAACAGCUUUUUGCUGCGAAGUGGCAACGCUGCCAGUGGCAGUGGUCCACCCGCGGGCGCCAAAGAAACGAAUCGCCUGAGCCCGCAGAACUCGAUUAGGCGGCUUUCGAACACACUGAGCAUAGGCAGUGGACCCCCCGUGGGCAGUCGUCGUGCCUCGGCCUGCAUUUUCAACUCGCAGGUGUACCAGAAUCUAAACCAACCGCCGAAACUGAGACCAGGAUCGGGACAGCGCCGAAUGAGCUCCAUCGAGCUGGCCUUCAGCAAGACCUCGCAUCUGAAUCUGCACAACCUGGAGGCGAACCGCAAGUCGCUAUCGUACACGAACUCAAAGAUGGACCUGGACAAGUGGAACAAGUCGUACGGCAAUCUGAACGAGCCGGAUAACAUGCUGCAGCAGUACAUGGAGGCGCGGGACAAGCGCAAGAACUCCAUCAGCCACUACAACCUGAAGAAGCGGCUCGAGGAGAAGGAGCUGCAGCAGCUGCAGCAGCUUCAUCAGCAGCAGCUGCUUCAGCAACGGCAGGACUCCUUCUCCUCGACCAACCAGCAGCAGCUGCAGCAGCACCGCCUGUCCAAGGACCAGCAGCAGCUGGCGAUGCAGCCACAUUCCAUGGUGCCAGGUGGUGGCGAGCGCUACUCGAAGCUCAAGAUGCUCAUCGAGCAGCUGACGCCCAAGCACUUUACCACCGAGCGCGAGGACUACUCGCUCUACAUAUUCCCAGAGGACAACAGGUUCCGGCAAAUCUGUACGUGGUUUGUCAACCAAAAGUGGUUCGACAACGUCGUCCUGCUGUUCAUCGCGCUCAACUGCAUCACCCUGGCCAUGGAAAGACCAAACAUCCCUCCAAGCAGCACCGAAAGAUUGUUCCUGGCAACAGCCAAUUACGUGUUCACCGUCGUCUUUACCGUCGAAAUGUUUAUCAAGGUGGUGGCCACGGGAAUGUUUUACGGCCACGACGCCUACUUUACGUCCGGCUGGAAUAUCAUGGACGGAUCUUUGGUUACCAUUUCCAUAAUUGAUUUGUUAAUGUCCCUGAUUAGCGAAUCGAGUCCGAGGAUAUUUGGGAUUUUAAGGGUGUUUCGACUACUCCGAUCCUUGCGGCCGCUGCGGGUGAUCAACCGAGCCCCGGGUCUGAAACUAGUCGUGCAAACGCUCUUAUCGUCCCUGCGUCCCAUCGGCAACAUCGUGCUGAUCUGCUGCACCUUCUUCAUCAUCUUUGGGAUCCUGGGCGUCCAGCUGUUCAAGGGCACCUUCUACUACUGCGAGGGCGAGAACAUCAAGGGCGUUCGCAAUGCGGACGAAUGUCGCCGCAUACCGGGCAAUGUUUGGACAAAUCGAAAGUACAAUUUCGAUGAUCUCGGCAAGGCGCUGAUGUCCCUGUUCGUCCUGAGUUCCCGCGACGGUUGGGUGAACAUCAUGUAUACCGGACUCGAUGCCGUGGGCGUCGAUCAACAACCGAUAGUCAACUACAACGAGUGGAGGCUACUGUACUUCAUCGCCUUCAUUCUGCUGGUGGGCUUCUUUGUGCUCAACAUGUUCGUUGGCGUGGUGGUGGAGAAUUUCCAUCGGUGUCGCGAGGAGCAGGAGAAGGAGGAGAAGAUUCGGCGGGCGGCGAAGCGGGCUCUUCAGAUGGAAAAGAAGCGGAGGAGAAUGCACGAACCACCCUACUACACCAACUACUCGCCGACGCGAAUGUUCGUGCACAAUGUGGUGACCUCGAAGUACUUUGACCUCGCCAUUGCGGCUGUGAUUGGCCUGAAUGUGGUCACCAUGGCCAUGGAGUACUACAUGAUGCCCAGUGGGCUGAAGUACGCCCUCAAGAUCUUCAACUACUUCUUCACCGCAGUCUUUAUACUGGAGGCCAACAUGAAACUGGUGGCGUUGGGCUGGAAACUCUACCUCAAGGAUCGCUGGAAUCAGCUGGACGUGGGCAUAGUCCUGCUCUCGAUAGUGGGCAUUGUCCUGGAGGAGCUGGAAACGAAGAUAAUACCCAUUAAUCCCACGAUCAUCCGGGUGAUGAGGGUACUCAGGAUAGCGAGAGUGCUGAAGCUCCUCAAAAUGGCCAAGGGCAUUAGGGCGCUGCUGGACACCGUGAUGCAGGCCCUGCCCCAGGUGGGCAAUCUCGGACUGCUCUUCUUCCUGCUCUUCUUCAUAUUUGCGGCGCUGGGCGUGGAGCUGUUCGGGCGACUCGAGUGCUCCGAUGAGAUACCCUGCCAGGGAUUGGGCGAGCACGCGCACUUCGCCAACUUUGGCAUGGCUUUCCUCACAUUGUUUCGCGUAGCGACUGGCGACAAUUGGAACGGCAUCAUGAAGGACACGCUGAGGGAUAAUUGCGAUGACGCAGCCGAUUGCGUGCGCAAUUGCUGCGUCAGCUCGGUUAUUGCUCCCAUAUUCUUUGUGAUAUUCGUGCUGAUGGCGCAAUUCGUUUUGGUCAAUGUCGUCGUGGCUGUACUGAUGAAACACCUCGAGGAGAGCCACAAGCAAAUGGAGGAUGAGCUCGACAUGGAGGUGGAGCUGGAGCGCGAACUGGUCCGCGAGCAGGAGUUCGCCCAGGAGCAAAAGUUGUGCCAGCAGCUGGCGGAGGCGCAAUCGAAGGCGGCCGCUCCCCCGCGCCCCCUGGCCAAGGUCAAAUCGCUGCCGAAGAACUUUAUCUACAGUACGCCCUCGCUGGACAAGAAGUUCCCACUGCCAGUAGCGACGGGCACAGCGAAUCCCAGUUCCAGCAUGACCAGCUCGGUGGCCAUGGGGGUGGCGACUACCCCUAGUGGGGGUGCGGGUUCUGGAGCCGCCUCAACUGGAGCAUCCGGUCAACGCAGACAGACCGUCCAGUACUUCCAGCAGCCACCACAAUCCAUGCUCGGCUUGAGUCUCGCCGAAAUGGGCGGCACGCUGACGCCUCAGGCGCUCGGCGCCCGGCUGGGCGAGCCCUUCGGCGGCACAGCGACGGCAACGGCGGGAGGUGGAGGUGGAGGUGUAACGGGCGAACCGCCGGCUGUGGGCGUGGCCGGCCUCCCGCUGCCGCCGCUGGACAAUCGCCGUCGCGGGCGUCGCGCCUCCGCGGCCGCCGGCUUCCGCAAGCGCGGCGUGCUGUCCAAGGAGCGAUCCCUGGACGAGCAGGCAAUCCGUCGUCGAAAUCUGGAGGCCAAGCGCACCAGCUGCGACUCGCUGCCCUGGGGCGGAGAUGCCCUCGACUGCCGGAGGGGCACGAUCUUCGAGAGCCUCGAGUCGGAUGGGGGCGGAGUGGGUGGCGGAGUGGGUGGUGGUGGUUCCUACGAUAUACGGAGUGUGCGCAGUGCCGACGUGGGCCACCUGGAGGAGUCGGAGAUGGGAGAUGUGUCCACCGCCCUGUCGGUGGUCAGUGCCCUGGUGCCCAACCCGCCGCCGCCCCUGUCCCUGCCCAUAGCAACGCCCACGCCCACGCCCAUGGCCAUGGCGCAUCCGCCACCGCGGAGACCCUUCGGCUGGUCACAGUCGGUGGACCAGGGAUGCAGCCUGCGGAGCAGCCUGCUCCUCUCCGUUCCCAGAUCCAUGCCGCCGCGCAGUCGCAGUGGCAGCACCAAGCAGCUCUUCAAGCAGCAGGCUUUGGACGAGGAUGCCGACAUGGACGAGAGUUCACUGCUUUUGCCCACGGCUUCAGGAUCCAUCAUGCCCGUCAUAGCCUCCUCCAGUUCGCUGGACAUACCCGGGGAGCCGGGGAAAGUCCUGCCGGAUAUCGCAGCAGCCCAGGGAGUCACCAAGUCCGACUCCUCGGACAUCCUGAGGAUCAUCAGCGAGCGCAGGCGCAUGGAUCAAAGGGAGCAGAGGGAGCCCGAACAGGAUCAGGAUCAGGACAACGAGGCGGAGGACAGGGACAGCGACUACAAGGAGCUGCUCCUGGUCAAGUCGCCACAGUCCUCCAUGGACUAAAUGCAAAUCUUAAACAGUAGUUAUCUCUAACUAGGGCC